UUUUGAUAUGCACGCUGGCAUGUCCAUACUACUUGCUAGAGAAGAAGGCCUCAAUCCAUUUUUCAUCUUCAAGUUACAGUAAAAGAGAGGUGAAAUUUUCUUUCAUUUUUCAGGGUCAAUAUUCGAUUUCCUGACAGUUUCUGUUUCUGGGUUUGCUUUAAGUUCAUAUUUUGAUCGUAAAGAUUCAUACUUUGAAGUUGGUCUUGUUUACUUGGGUUUUGAGCAGCUUUAGUUUGUUUAAGCUGGUGUUCUUUUAAAUUUGAUUAAUCUGGUUGGCUGGUUGGAGGAUUUGGUUGGUAUUGCAGUGACUUUGGGUUCUUUGUUUGCAUGUCCAAGUCACAUGGGGUAUAGAAUUUGACUGAUAGGACCUGGACUUUGUGUUUUUGAUCCUCAGUGUUUUUGUCAUUUUGGCUCUUUCUGAUAUAUAUAUAUAUAUAUAUAUAUAUAUAUAUAUAUAUAUAUUCUAUAAAUGAAACUCAUUUAGUAUCACACCCUCCUCAAGAAGAGUUCUUGGUUUUCCUUUGUUCUUGGAUAUCCUCCCUCAUCCAAGAAAAUUCUAUUUCCAGUUCUUUUCUCUUUCAAUGUUGUGGAAUUCUGUAAUUUAGUUUUUGGGGUUGAGCUCAUUUUGGACAAGUUCUGUAACCCAACAAGUGGAAUAUACAAUUCAAUUAUGUUGAGGACAAGCUGAUGUGAAGGAAACCAAUAGCCAUGAAGUUUAUGAAACUUGGAUCUAGGCCAGAUACUUUCUACACUUCAGAGGCUGUGAGGUCAGUUUCCUCUGAAGUUUCAAGUGAUCUCAUAAUUCAGGUGAAGGGGCGCAGAUAUUUGCUACACAAGUUUCCACUACUGUCAAAGUGUUUGAGGCUGCAGAGGCUCUGCUCUGAAUAUGCAGAAACCUCACCACAGCAGAUAAUCCAACUGCAUGAUUUUCCCAGUGGAGUUGAGGCAUUCGAGCUCUGCGCAAAGUUCUGCUAUGGAAUCACAAUCACCCUUAGUGCCAACAACAUUGUAGCUGCUCGCUGCGCCGCAGAGUACUUGCAGAUGACUGAAGACGUUGAGAAGGGAAACUUGAUAUACAAGCUUGAGGUUUUCUUCAACUCAUGCAUACUUCAUGGCUGGAGAGACUCAAUUGCCACUCUACAAAGCACCAAGGCCUUUCCUCUGUGGUCUGAGGACCUUGGAAUCACAGGCAGAUGUAUAGACACAAUUGUCUCCAAAGUCCUAACACACCCUUCGAAGGUUAGCUUGUCACAUAGCUACUCCCGGAGGGUGAGAGAUGAUGUGUCAUGCAAUGGUGCCGAGAGCCUGAGGCAUGGCAAGCCUGGAAACAAGGGGUGGUGGGCUGAGGAUAUAGCAGAAUUGGGAAUAGACCUUUUCUGGAGGACCAUGAUUGGUAUCAAAUCUGGUGGAAGAAUACCCUCUAAUCUCAUAGGUGAUGCAUUGAAAAUAUAUGCAGCAAAAUGGCUACCCAACAUAUCGAAAAAUGGGUACAACAAACAAGCAGCAUCGACAUCUGAUUCUGAUUCAGACACAGGGAAUGAUGUGACUUCAAAGCAUAGGCUGAUUUUGGAGACAAUUGUGAGCUUAGUUCCAGCUGAGAAAGGUGCUACUUCUAGUAGUUUCUUGCUCAAACUGUUGAAAGCAGCCAAUAUUCUCAAUGCUCCUUCCUCUUCCAAAAUGGAAUUGGCUAAAAGAGUUGGACUCCAGUUAGAGGAAGCAACAGUUGGUGAUUUGUUAAUACCUUCUGUACCAUAUGAAGCUAAGGGUACUCGAUAUGAUGUAGACAUUGUUAUGACCAUUUUGGAGCAAUUCAAGUUACAAGGGCAGAGUCCCCCUACUAGUCCUCCAAGAUCCAAGCUGGGUAAUUACCAAAGGAGAAGGUCUAGGUCAGCUGAGAACAUUGAUUUCGAGUUUCAGGAGAGCCGAAGAUCUUCUUCAGCAUCACAUAGUUCAAAACUGAAAGUGGCAAAGCUUGUGGAUGUGUAUCUUCAGGAAAUUGGUAGGGAUGUAAAUUUGCCUCUGGCCAAGUUUAUUGCGAUUGCUGAGUCAUUACCAGAAUUUGCCAGGCAUGAUCAUGAUGAACUCUACAGAGCUAUUGACAUUUACCUAAAGUUGUUAUAUGCUUGGACAUCAAAUCAGGCACAUCCAGACCUGAACAAGAGUGAAAGGAAAAGGCUGUGUAGAAUACUAAACUGCAAAAAGCUGACCAUGGAGGCCUGCAUUCAUGCUGCACAAAAUGAGCUACUGCCACUGAGAGUGGUGGUCCAAGUUCUCUUCUUCGAGCAAGCUAGAGCGGCCAUGGGGGGCGGCAAAGUGACCGACUUGCCAAGCAACAUAAGGGCUCUUCUGGCAUCACAUAACAUUGAUCCAACACGGCCACCACCGCCCUUAAGCGCCUCUAGCAUCAUCCCUGCAGAGGAUCAAUGGAGUGUCUCGGGCCUUAAAUCACCCAAAUCGAAGAUGUCAACGCUACGUAUGAAGCUAGAGGAAGAUGAUGAUCUUGAUGACAAUGGGAUUGGGAGAAGCUCAAGGCUUAAAGCUCUCUGCUUACUGCCUACAAGACCCAAAAGAAUGCUUAGCAAGUUAUGGUCCAGCAACAGAAGUAGUACUACUCCAAGUGAAAAGAACUGAGUGAUUUUUGUUUAGCUGUCAAGAUGGAAUAUGGCAAGUCCAAAGAAUUACCAUAUACUAUGCUUCUUCUUCUUCUUCUUCUUCUUCUUCUUUCUUCAUAUAUUCCUUGUAACUUACUAGGAACAAGAUUAAGAAUCCCAAUGUGCAUUGUUUAUGUAAUCUCUUAUAAUAAGAAAGAAGAUUUUCAGUGAUCAAAA